AUGGCAAAAAAUGGGACCUUCCGAGCCGCAUGUGAGUACAAAUUGGUUUUCGCUGAGGGUGAUGUGUGUUUCGAACCCUAUCCUACCUGCGAUGACAUGAACUGGGGUCCUUCGUGGCUCCACACCCGCCACUAUGGACUGGAGUUUGCUCACCCUUCAGGAGUUAUCAGCCUACCCCCAGGUAGACUCACGCCCUCUGGUCACCACGUGGAACCCGGACGGCUGGAACUGCGGUGUACUAGGCUCCGACCCGAGGUGCAGCUCUUCUCCAAACUCAAGUGUAAUCGCUUCUCCGAUGAGAGCUUGGGGCAAUUCCAUCGCAUCCACCUCACCGAGAGAGAGGCCAUCUUUGAACUCAACCUGCCCGAACCUGGUAAUUCGCAUUGCUUUCUGUAUUCAUACAACACUGGCGUUGCCUUUAUCGGUAUGAGUGUCUGUGGAGAGCGAGCCUGCCAGACGGCUUCAUGUGACCUUACACCGGUGUCAGCAUCACAAUCAUACCUGUCACGCUGGCAGCACGGCAUGCUUUCCGCACCUGCAGCGACUCUGGGCUCACCUCAUCUCUUGCAUACACUUUCACGUUUGAAAUCGUCUGAGUCUUGA